AUCGGCCGGGGUUAGUCGGCGGCGCAGCAGCAGGUUCCGGGGCUGUGUACUGUGACGGCAGCGGCUCGGUCCGUGUCUCCGCCAUGGCCUACCCGGGGUUCGGAGCGUAUGGAGCUUACAGUGGUCAGAUGCCAGGAAUGCAAAUGACAGUGGGACAGCCAAUGCCAGGAGCAGUACCAAAUAUGCCUCAUGGAGGAUACUCUGGAUAUUCUGCAUAUUCUGGUACUUAUUCUGCUGCUGCUGACCCUAUGUGGACUUACUUCGCUGCUAUUGCUGGACAGGAUGGUGAAGUGGAUGCAGAGGAACUACAGAGAUGCUUAACACAGUCUGGAAUCAGUGGAACCUAUUCUCCAUUCAGUUUGGAAACCUGCAGAAUUAUGAUCUCCCUGAUGGAUAGAGAUUAUACAGGAAAAAUGGGAUUUAAUGAAUUCAAAGAACUCUGGGCAGCUCUUAAUGCGUGGAAGCAAAAUUUCAUGAUGAUUGAUCAAGACCGAAGUGGAACCGUGGAACUUCAUGAACUGGGUCAAGUCAUUGCAGCUAUGGGUUACAGAUUAAGCCCUCAAACACUAACUGCUAUUGUAAAACGUUAUAGCAAGAAUGGCAAAAUCUUUUUUGAUGACUAUGUGGCUUGCUGUGUGAAAUUACGGGCAUUGACAGAUUUCUUCAGAAGACGAGACAACAUGCAACAGGGAUAUGUGAAUUUUGUAUAUGAUGAUUUUUUGCAGUGUACUAUGGCAAUAUGAAUGGAAAGCUGCUGAAGGAUAUAGACUCCGACCUGUGAAGUCUUCUGCUGAGAAGAAAUUAACUGAACCUGCUGUGAAUUGAAGCUGUAGCAGACUUCCCUCAUCUUUCUGCCUGUUAGGACAUCCACUUUGAAUAAAUUUGAUUUUAGUGCACAGUUGAGAGCAAUAAUUUUUUUUCAUUUUUAGUUAUUUUUCAGAAGCAUACUCUUUAUAUUUACGUGCAUAAUUCCAUACAAGUACCCUAUUGUUAUGCACUCAAGCUUAAUGAAGACUAAACAAACUUUUGCUUGUAAUGGUUGCAAGCAUAGACCAUUUCAUUUUUAUAUGUAUUUAGACUGCAUACAUGAGCAGAAUAUCAGACAUCCUGUUUUUUAAUCUUAUCUAAUAUAGGUAUUUCAUGUGACCAUCAAAGUGAUAGUACGUUGUUUCAGAUGCGAUACUCUGAGGAAUUCUAGUUGAUUGGUGAUACUAGGUCAAUAUUCCACCAGAAACAACUUAAAACGAGUUAGGUAAAACUCUCCAGACUCAUUGCAAUAGAUUUUUUUCUGAGGCAGACUGUUACAAAUUGUUCUUCUAUUUGGUUUAUUUAUGAAUUGGACAGUGCUUGUUGAGUAAUAGUUGAGACCCUCUCUGCUAAUCAACAUGCAGAAAGCCGAAA